GUCUGAGGGAGAGGAAAGAACAAGUCCAGCAAUACACAGAGCUCUGUGUAUUCAGAGGGAAGUUGGCAGGGUUGUGUUCGGGCAGAGAAACUCUGAGUGGUACAAAGGGGACGUGCCCAGAGUGGAGAAAUCAUGCUAAUUGUCUGCACUAGAGCUGGAGAACGCCACCCAAAAUGAAGAGAGAAAGGGGAGCCCUGUCCAGAGCCUCCAGGGCCCUGCGCCUCGCUCCUUUUGUCUACCUUCUUCUGAUCCAGACAGACCCCCUGGAGGGGGUGAACAUCACCAGCCCUGUGCGCCUGAUCCAUGGCACCGUGGGGAAGUCGGCUCUGCUUUCUGUGCAGUACAGCAGUACCAGCAGCGACAGGCCUGUAGUGAAGUGGCAGCUGAAGCGGGACAAGCCAGUGACCGUGGUGCAGUCCAUUGGCACGGAGGUCAUCGGCACCCUGCGGCCUGACUAUCGAGACCGUAUCCGACUCUUUGAAAAUGGCUCCCUGCUUCUCAGCGACCUGCAGCUGGCCGAUGAAGGCACCUAUGAGGUCGAGAUCUCCAUCACCGACGACACCUUCACUGGGGAGAAGACCAUCAACCUUACUGUAGAUGUGCCCAUUUCGAGGCCACAGGUGUUGGUGGCUUCAACCACUGUGCUGGAGCUCAGCGAGGCCUUCACCUUGAACUGCUCACACGAGAAUGGCACCAAGCCCAGCUACACCUGGCUGAAGGAUGGCAAGCCCCUCCUCAAUGACUCGAGAAUGCUCCUGUCCCCCGACCAAAAGGUGCUCACCAUCACCCGCGUGCUCAUGGAGGAUGACGACCUGUACAGCUGCGUGGUGGAGAACCCCAUCAGCCAGGGCCGCAGCCUGCCCGUCAAGAUCACCGUAUACAGAAGAAGCUCCCUUUACAUCAUCUUGUCUACAGGAGGCAUCUUCCUCCUUGUGACCUUGGUGACAGUCUGUGCCUGCUGGAAACCCUCCAAAAGGAAACAGAAGAAACUAGAAAAGCAAAACUCCCUGGAAUACAUGGAUCAGAAUGAUGACCGCCUGAAACCAGAAGGUGAGCUCCCAGCCACCCACUCACCCAACCCAUCAACACUCAGAUCAGUGGGCUGCUGGGAAAAGGCAGAACUGGGCGACAAGGAAAGCAGCUCUGCAGGGACCCUUCCCCCACCAACUGCACGAAGACUGCAGAGGAGGGAAAGGUUUGGCCAAGCAGACACCCUCCCUCGAAGUGGUGAGCAGGAACGGAAGAACCCCAUGGCACUCUAUAUCCUGAAGGACAAGGACUCCCCGGAGCCCGAGGAGAACCCGGCCCCGGAGCCUCGAAGCGCGACGGAGCCCGGCCCGCCCGGCUACUCCGUGUCGCCCGCCGUGCCCGGCCGUUCGCCGGGGCUGCCCAUCCGCUCUGCCCGCCGCUACCCGCGCUCCCCAGCGCGCUCCCCAGCCACCGGCCGGACACACACGUCGCCGCCCAGGGCCCCGAGCUCGCCCGGCCGCUCGCGCAGCGCCUCGCGCACACUGCGGACUGCGGGCGUGCACAUAAUCCGCGAGCAAGACGAGGCCGGCCCGGUGGAGAUCAGCGCCUGAGCCGCCUCGGGAUCCCCUGAGAGGCGCCCGCGGUCUGCGGCCAGUGGCCCGGGGGAAGGCUGGGGCUGGGAAGCCCGGGCGCGGCGCGCUGGGGGCGAGGGGAGGUCCCGGCGGGGCGCUGGUGUCUCGGGUGUGAACGUGUCUGAGCAUGCGCAGACGGAGGCGGGUGCGCGGAGGCGGCAGAGUGUUGAUAUGGUGAAACCGGGUCGCAUUUGCUUCCGGUUUACUGGCUGUGUUCUCACUUGGUAUAGGUUGUGCCCUCUUAGGACCACAUAGAUUAUUACAUUUCUGGCCCAAAACCCAAAAGGGUUUUAUGGAAACUAACAUCAGUAACCUAACCCCCGUGACUAUCCUGUGCUCUUCCUAGGGAGCUGUGUUGUUU